CAAGGAACGUCUCAGUGUCCAACAGUUCCUCUGGUGAAAUGGUAAAUCUGACCUGUAGCAGUGAUGCUAACCCACCUGUGGAGAACUACACCUGGUUUAAAGAAGGUGGAGACUCACCUGUAGGAUCUGGACAGAGUUAUGUUCCUCUACAGAGUGGAUCCUACUACUGCCAGGCUCAGAACCAACAUGGAGCUCAGAGAUCAGCUGCUGUUUCAGUGGUUUCUGACAUUCUGAAGAAUUACUAUCAAUCGUUGAUUCUAUACAUAGCUGUUGGAGCUGGUGGAGUUUGUGGGCUUGCAAUCACAUUUAUCACUGUGUUUUUCUGCAUGAGGAGCAGGAGAAAGAGGCAGGCUGGAAACGUGGAUGAACAAAUCUAUGCGAAUGUCAUGCGAGAGACCCGUCCUCCUCAUAAUGAUGAUAAUAAUGAUGAUAAUGAUGAUGAUGAUGAUGAUGAUAUUCUAGACUACGAGAACGUUCCGGAUUCGAGGAAGCAACACUGAGACUGUUGCCAAACAAAACAUCAACAACAGCUGGACAAAACACAGUAUGGAAAUUCUAUUCUAUUCUAUAAACUACAGACAACAUUUCUCCCAAAUUCCAAAUAAAAUAUUGUAAUUUAGAGCAUUUAUUUACAGAAAAUGAGAAAUGUCUGAAAUAACAACAAAAAAGAUGCAGAGAUUUCAGACCUCAAAUAAUGCAAAGAAAACAAGUUCAUAUUCAUAAAGUUUUAAGAGUUUAGAAAUCAAUAUUUGGUGGAAUAACCCUGGUUUUUAAUCACAGUUUUAAUUCAUGCAUCUUGGCAUCAUGUUCUCCUCCACCAGUCUUACACACUGCUUUUGGAUAACUUUAUGCUGCUUUACUCCUGGUGUAAAAAUUCAAGUAGUUCAGUUUGGUGGUUUGAUGGUUUGUGAUCAUCCAUCUUCCUCUUGAUUAUAUUCCAGAGGUUUUUAAUUUGGUAAAAUCAAAGAA